AGAAAUUUGCAGUGAUAAGUGAUUUCCCCUGUGAAAGGCAUGAGGGAAUACAAGAGUUUGAUUCUGGCAGAAGCAAACUGGCAACGUGCUUCAAGAAUUAAUCCACAGGGAUGCCAAGAGAACAUCUCCUGAGACAUGUCUCUAAAUUACAUCAAAAACUUCUAUGAAGGAUGUCUUAAACCACCAACCGUGAUUGGUCAAUUCCACACCUUGUUUUUUGGGUCCGUCCGGAUGUUCUUCCUUGGAGUGUUAGGCUUUGCGGUUUAUGGGAAUGAGGCUUUGCAUUUUAGCUGUGAUCCAGACAAAAGAGAGAUCAAUCUCUUCUGUUACAAUCAGUUUAGGCCUAUCACACCACAGGUAUUUUGGGCAUUGCAACUAGUGAUUGUCUUGGUUCCUGGAGCUAUAUUCCAUCUUUAUGCUGCAUGUAAAAGCAUCAAUCAAGAAUGCAUUCUUCAGAAGCCCAUCUACACUGUGAUUUACAUCCUCUCAGUCUUGUUAAGAAUUAGUCUAGAAGUGAUAGCAUUUUGGCUUCAGAUUCACCUCUUUGGUUUCCAAGUAAAAGCUCUUUAUUUAUGUGAUGCCACUUCUCUUGGGAAAAAAAUGACUAUUAUAAGAUGCAUGGUUCCAGAACACUUUGAAAAGACCAUUUUUCUCAUUGCAAUGUAUACAUUUACUGUAAUUACAAUGGUAUUAUGUAUUGGGGAGGUUUUUGAGAUCAUAUUUAGAAGACUAUGUUUUGUUAGGCAAUAACAAAGGUUGAUAACCUACUGUUGUGCUAUAGUUAUUAAUCAUUUUUACUGUUUUAUCUGAGUUGAAUACCUCAAUUUCAAACACAAAUGUCUGUUCCUUAAACUUUGAGAUGUCUAAAAUUUAUGUCUCCUAUAAAAUAAAAUGCUAAGUUCUAAGACAGAAAUUAUCAGACAUUGCAUUUUAUUUUAAUUUUUAUCAUUUAUUUUAUUUUAAAGUGUACACUGAACUAAUGUUAACUCAUUUUUAAAUAGUAGCUUUAAGACUUCACUUAUAUACAACAUCUAAAUUGAUACACUGUCUUUUGGACAGAGAAAAGAAAAUGUUCAGUGAUGCUAACUUAUAUGCUCAAAGUUGUACAGCCAAACUAGAAUCCAAAUCUAUCUAUUUCUCUUUCCAUUGAACUAUGCAGAUUUUUGAGGAUGUAAUUAUUUUUGCAUUUGUAGAAAAUAUAACUUAUUUAAGCACACAACUUUUAAAUUAUUAAAGAGUAAUUCUAUAGUUUGUCCACUAACCUGAAAAGUUGAAACAGUUUCAUUGCAGUAGUAUUUUCUUGAAAUUUUUAAUAUUAAAUGAUAUGGAAUAUAAUCACCACAAUAAAUUUAAAAUGUUAUAGAUAAUGUUGCUCCUGGUUUCCUUGUUUCUU